AUGUCUACGGUAAUUGUGACUAACGAAACAAUAAGACAAUAUUGUAAUACAUGUAAAGAAUCUGCUGGUUUUUAUUGUAAUGGAUGCAAUAGAGUAUUUUGUCAAAAUCAUGCUGAUCAACAUCGACAAACACUUUAUGAACAAUUCGAUUGGUUAACUGUUGAUCAUGAUGAUUUACUUCAAAAACUUAAUAAUACUUUAGCAAUCAUGCAAAAAACACAUCCAUCAAGAAAAAUUAUUGACAAGUGGGAAGAAGAAUCUAUAAAACAGAUUCAACAAACAGCAAAUGAAGCACGACGUGCACUUACGGAUGCAUUAAAAAUUCAUAUGAAUGAUAUGAAAGAAAAAUUAAAAUCAUUAUCAGAACAAUUAAAUCAAAUUAGUGAAAAUCAAAAUUCGACAUUUGAUGAAAGAAAUAUUAAACAAUGGGCAACAGAAUUACGUGAUAUUAAACAUGAAUUUAUUACAACACCAACAUUUACUGUUCGUAUUCACGGUAAUAAACCUGUUGUUAUGCCUAUUAUAAAAAUUCAACCUGAUCGAAUACAUGAAAAUUCUUCAAAUCAUCAUCAUCAACAACGACAGCAACAUAAUCCAUCAGGUUUAGUUUCAAUUAAGCCUUCUUCAAGUAAUCCAUUUGAAAUUCUAUAUCAUAAUACAAAACAAGAGAAAGCUAUCGAUCAUAAUUCAAACUCAAUAUCACGAAAAGAUGAUCGAUUCUGUUACCAUUCUAAUCAUGUUAAAAUCAUCGAUAAUGGUCAAAUUUUUAUUCAUGAUUCAACAAAAAAUGAUGCAUCCAUACGUGGUUUUAAUGAAUAUUCACAUGGUGAACAAACACUAUUUUUUCGUAUUGAACAUAUGACUUCAAAUGAUUGGAUUUUUUUCGGUAUUAUAUCUAAACAUGCAUCGUUCGAUCAGAAAGCAUAUUUGAAUUCAUCUGUUCAUGGAUGGACUGGAUAUAAUAAUGUUUAUAUCAAUGGAAAAUCUAUGCCUGUUCUUAAUGGUUAUCUUAAUGAAAUGAAAGUUCAUGAUUUUGUUGAAUUAACAAUUGAUUGUGAUAAACAAACACUUUAUUUAUGGCAUUCACGUCAAUCAUAUAAGAAUAAACUUCCUGUUGAUAUACGCACUUGCCCAUUUCCAUGGCAAUUUUUAAUUAGUUGUCAUAAUACAAAUGAUUCUGUGCGUGUAUUACCAUUAGCAAUCGGUUCAAUAAUUCAACGAGAACAAGAAAAAUUAAAUAAUAAUAUGAAAAUUAAAGAAAUUCAAUUAAAACAUCAAAAUGAUUCGCCAUCACCAAUUCCACAGAAAUUCAUGACAACGGAUUCAGUUUAA